AUGGAGCGUUUCAGACCUAAGACCUAUACUGCUCGCUAUCCUCGUUGGAUGGUUGGGAAACCACUUCUGAUCGCUUCUUCUGCCCUUGCUUCACUUGGAGAUGCACUGUUCGGCUAUAGUCAGGGCGUCAUCGCAGCUGUUCAGGUGCAGCCUCCCUUCAUCAAGCGGUUUUUCGGAAGGUCGGUUACUAUUGAGCAAAUCCAAGCCGGGACUACAGGCGUUGAUCCGUACGUUCAAGCUAUCACGGUGGCGUGCUUGAACAUCACUGCUCUCUUCGCUGCGUUGGGAUCAGCCUACGUCUGUGACAUCCUUGGUCGUCGCAUGUCCAUCCGGAUCGGCGCCUUCAUUUACCUGGUAGCCGCCUUCAUCCAACUCUUCGCCCCGGAUCUCGGGACGUUAAUUGUCGGCCGCUCUAUCCAGGGUUUGGCGGUGGGGAUGCUGUCCAUGACCGUGCCCAUCUUACAGUGCGAGAUCGCUCCUGGACAUGCUCGAGGACUGUUCAUCUCCGUCGAAUAUCUUUGUCUCAACUCCGGGUAUCUCCUGUCCUCCUGGGUUGGCUACGGAUUCUUCUUCGCUCUGCCGUCGGAAAUCUCUUGGAGAGGCCCAUACAUCAUUCAGGCGGUACUGGCUGUCAUGCUCCUAGUGUGGACCUUCGUGCUUCCAGAGACGCCUCGCUUCCUCAUCAGUACUGGAUUUGAGGAAGAAGGCCUUCGCACGCUUGCAGAUCUCCAUGCAGCAGGAGACAUAGACGACCCCGGCGUUCAAAGAACGUACGCGGAGAUUGUGGCCGCGAUCACAUACGAACGAACCCUGGGUGAAGCCAGCUGGGGUCAGCUCUUCAAGCAAUACACAAGGCGUACCGUGAUGGCUAUAACCUGUCAAAUGUUUGCUCAGUUCAAUGGCAUCAAUGCCCUGCUGUACUUCCUACCUUCCAAUCUCACUCGGGCCGGCUUCUCCAUUGCAUCAGCGCUGCUAUAUUCCGGAGUGUCUGCUAUUGUGUACUGCUUAGGGACCAUACCGACUAUGUUCCUGAUCGAUAAGUGGGGAAGGCGCCCUUUCCUGCUCACCGGAAGUGCUGCUCUGGCUGCUUGUCUCGCAACUGUAGGUGGCCUGCAGUAUCACGCGGAUUCUCUACCGGUGGGCAAUGCCCGCCUCCCGUCUGCAGAUGGAAUCUUUGCCGCCAUUUGCAUAUAUCUGUUCUUCUAUGGUGCUACCUGGGGUCCGGGGCCGUAUCUGCUAGGCGCAGAGAUCUUCCCUCUUCGUGCAAGAGCAAAAGGCAUGGCACUCUCAAUAACGUCAAACUGGCUCUGCAACUUCAUCAUCGCCUUUAUCACACCCCCGCUGUUCUCAUCCAUCGGUGGUGGCUACUACUUCCUUCUACUCGGCUUUUGUGUGGUGUCUGGUGUAUUCGUCUGGUUCGUCUAUCCCGAGACUGCGCAUCGAACGCUGGAGGAGAUGGGGGCUGCCUUCGGAGACAAGAUCAGCAUUGACCAAGUAGUGGCAAAUAGUCGUCUAGGGAGUGCGGCGGCGAAGGACGAAGACCUGCAGUCGGAAGCUACAACGUUACGGGCGAGCAUAGGUGACAAGAGUGUUCUCUCCGGUAGGAAAGGUUCGGAUGUUAGUGUAUAA